UCAGAUUUCAGACUAAACCCUAGCAGCAAUUGUUUCAAUCGAUCAUCAUCUUCAGUUGCCGGCCGGUAAAACCCUGAUCAAGAUUCAAGGCCAUCUUCAUCUCUCUCUCUCUCUUAAUCAGUAAUCUAAGCUAUGAGCUUAUGAACUUCCAUGAGCUCCAGAGGUUUAGGUCGAAAACGACCGGUGGAGAUCGGAAAUAAUGCGAUUGUUGAUCUCCAAUCACUGGAUAAGAAGAUAUUUCCGAUAUCCAGAUUCCAUUCAUCACUUAUCGCCGACGGAGCCUAAGGUUGUCUCUGACAUUUCCUUCUUCCACGUCCACACCGAUGUUUGGUUUGUUAAGGUGAUUUGCACUAUCUGUUAUCGCUAUCUGACCAAGUCAAUCGAUAGUCCUCAUUUCAAUUAUUUAAGAAGAAAUUUGACUUCUUCGAUUGCUUUUGAGGUUAUCGAUCGCUUGAACGAUUAUUACAAGAGCCCCCAAUUAGCUUUUAAGUUCCUUGAAUUCACCAAGCAGGAGUUGAAUCUUGUUCAUUCGUUAAUGACUUAUCAUUUACUUAUAAAGUCUCUUUGCCAAUUAUCUCAACUUGAUUCCGCUCAAGUAAUUUUUGAAUACAUGAGACAAGAUGGGUAUUCACCCAAUAAUUGGACUUUAGGGUUGUUAAUAUCAUCAUUUGUGAAUGCUGGUAAGUUUGACAUUGCUAAGGACUUGCUUAUCAAAUCACAAUCGGUUGAUACAGUAAUUAGACCUGUAGUAUAUAAUAAUCUGCUGAAUGCACUGGUGAAGAAAAACCAUGUAGAUGAAGCUGUCCAGUUUUUCAUUGAGCAGAUAUUGAACUCAGAGUACUAUUAUCCCGAUGUUUGCUCUUUCAAUAUAGUGAUUCAAGGUCUAUGUACAAUAGGAGAUGUCGAGAAAGCUUUUCAGUUCUUCAAUGAUAUGGGGAAAUUUAGUUGUUGGCCAGAUGAUAGAACAUACAACAUUCUCAUAAACGGAUUUUGUAGGAUAAAUCGUGUAGAUAGAGCUCACGCAUUGUUGAGACAAAUGCAGUCGCAAAAUGGAAUUUCCCCUGAUGCUGUCAGUUAUACAUCGUUAAUAUCAGGUUAUUGCAGGUUAGGAAAAACGGAUGUUUCUUUUAGUAUCUUUGAAGAGAUGAUUAGUUCUGGAGUUAAACCUAGUUUGAUAACAUUCAACAUUCUCAUCAACGGGUUCAGCAAGAAAGGUGAAAUGUCAUCUUCCAUGCAAAUCUACGAGAAGAUGCUUUUUCUUGGCUGUUUCCCAGAUGUCGUAACCUUGACAUCUUUAAUCGACGGGCACUGUCGAUCUGGGGAGAUAGAUUGUGGAGUGAAGCUUUUUGAUGAAAUGAAAGCAAGAAACUUGUAUCCAAACGGGUAUACUUUUUCGAUAAUUAUCAAUGCUUUGUGCAGGGAGAAUAGAUUAAGCGAGGCUCGUGAUUUAUUAAGAGAGUUAAAUUUGAGAAAGGAUAUUGUUGCACGGGCUUUCAUUUAUAAUCCUGUAAUUGAUGGAUAUUGUAAGGCUGGGAAUGUAGACGAGGCGAAUGAGAUUGUAUCGGAGAUGGAAGAGAAUAGAUGCCGAGCUGAUAAGUUAACAUUCACUAUUCUUAUUAUUGGUCAUUGUGUUAAAGGGAGAAUGUUGGAAGCAAUUGACAUUUUUAACAAAAUGUUGGCAAUUGGUUGUAACCCCGAUAGAAUUACUGUGAAUAGUUUGAUCACUUUGCUUCUGAAAGCUGGAAAACCUAAUGAAGCAUUCAGAAUAAUGGAAACAACUUCCGAAGUUGUUUCAAUGAAGACAAACAUCAAUAUACCAGUUGCUGCAUAAUCAAAACGGUUUCUUGAUUUGUCAGUGAUGUCCUUCAUGAUCUGCUAGCCGAUUGAAUUCUUUCCCCUCAGCCUCUAGCAGCAGAGAGGGCAUGAUCUAUACUUGACGAAGUUGGGCCACGAUCAAAGCAUUAUCUGGUUUGUCCAACGAGGGGUGUUUCAGGAAGAUUGAUUCGAUAUUCAAAUAAUUUCCCACUGGUAUGACAUCUAUACAAGUUGGAAUAAUUUCCCAUUCCAAUUUAUAGAUUUUUUUGUUAUAUUUAGGUGGAUUGACUACAAGUCUUAAGUUGACACUAUUACUCAACCUUCAUUAGUAACAAGAGAUCAUUAGUACUCAAGCUUUAGCGGAAACCUAGCUAUAUGAACAUGGAAAAGCCAAAAGUGACUCUUGAAGGAGUUUGAAAUUUGGAUUAGGGUUUGUUUGCUGGUUUGGCUGAGAAACCAGCUAAGAAUUUUGGAUUAAAGGUGUAGCUAGUUGGUACCUUCAAGAUGACUCCCUAUCUGUUGUAGUUGUUGGGUUCCUUCAAUUUUGAUAGUGUGCAUUUUUUGGAUAUACAAAAGGGAUGAUGGAUGUACAUUUUGUUGUAAAGACAAUAGUGUCCCUUUCACCUGAAGAAGAGGAUGAAGUUUUUUUUUUCAUUGUC